ACUUUCGAGUGGGUGCUAUUGUGAAGGCUGCCAAAAACCAAAGCAAAAAACAAGCGCCUGAUCAGAGCGCCACGUAGUGCUUGGAUGUUGAAACGGCCUGUUCCGCUUUCAGUUCGACGUCCUUCUGAGUUUAGGUGGAAUGCUUGCAAUGAGGGAUAAUAAACACCAUGGGUCCCCUGAGAGAACCUUUAUUUUACUGGAACUGUUGUCAUCGCACAUAACCUUAUGCAGAACAGGUUGGAAGACGUUUCUCCAGUUGCCCACCUGAGACACUGAAGACUGGCAUUUUCAAAUGCUGUUCAGACAUGAACCUUGGCAGAUGGGCCUAGAGUAAAAGGCUCGGCCUCAUUUGGCAUGAAGUAUCUGGCGGAAAGUAUCUUUUCCUAUUGGCUCCAUGAAUUUGUGGAAUUAUCUUUGCUGAUGAGUCUGCUGAAUGGCAUCUCUGCAGAAGCAACGCCUUUCUGCUUGGGCUGUGGCGUUUGACCAUCUUGGCUUAUGCAGGGUGAAAGAUCUGCUGGAAGGUGAGACAAAAAUGGGGGAACAUGCCAAUACCUGCGAGCAACCUGUAAACGGAGCAGAACAUGUUAAGUUUUUACCUCAACAGAAUGGAGCAAGUUACAAUUCUGAACAUUUGGAGAGGGGAGAAAUACCUGUUGAUAACAAUUUACCAAAGAAGGCGAAGAAGAAAAAGUAUACUUUUAAAGAUUGGACUGUGUAUUUUUUAAUAGUUUCAUUGUCUAUCUCUGUUAUUGGCAAUAUUUACCAAGGGGUUCGCAAUGGUAUCUUGAUGAAACGCUCACCAACGGAUCAGUUCCCUUCAGGUUAUGACCCCUGCCCUCAGGGCUGGGUUCUGUCAAAACCCUCACCAUCAAAUCGGGACCCUUCCUGUGUCAACCUCUGCCUUCAGGGCUGGGUCAUGCAUCAAGGCUGGUGCUACUAUUUUUCAACUGCUGAGACAACCUGGAACUCUAGUCAGAGCAACUGCUCUUCUUAUGGUGGCUCCCUGACGGCAAUCGAUACUCCAAGUGAAAUGAAAUUUCUACACAGUGAGAAGAAAGCAACUGAUUAUUGGAUUGGGCUACGGAGGGAGGAAGGACAGCUCUGGAAAUGGGCAAAUGGCUCAGAUUUUGACCCAUGGUUUCUAAUUGGAGCAGAUGGCCAGUGCGCGUACUUAAAUGACGGAAAUGUGAGUUCUUCAUGGUGUACAACCAAAAGACACUGGAUAUGCAGAAGACCUAGUCACCAAACUUGAGGAGAGCUCAGAUUCACGACCCUCGCGUGCGCAGAUGCGGGUUGCGAAUGCUGCGGGUUGUGAACGUGCCUCCUGCACGGAUCAUGUUCGCAAAUGAUGGCACUACUUUUUUUCUCAAAUAAUUUUUUAUUCAUUUUCCAAUAUUACAAAAUCACACACAAAAAACCAUUUUUUAAAAAACAUACCAAUUCUUGCAUUUUUUUUACUUAACAUUGUUGACUUCCUCAAUUCCCCCCUCACUGGGUCCAUUUUGAAAUUCCAAUUAAGCAAUUUCCAUUUUAUAUCUUAAAUCAUUCUAACACAUUUUAUCAUUAUCACUCAAAUAUUCUAUUCUAAAAGCACCAUCUAUUCUUCACCAAUAAUUAAUCAAUUUAUCCAAAUCAAAAUUUAUUUUCCCAUCCUUCUAUCUUCUAUUUCUCCCCUUAACCUAAAAUUUAUUCCCAAGAAUUUCCAUAAAUUUAAAUAUUAAUUCUUCUAUUGUAAAGGUGAAGGGGCCCCUGACCAUCAGGGUCCAGUCGUGUCCGACUCUGGGGUUGCGGCGCUCAUCUCGCUCUAUAGGCCAAGGGAGCCGGCGUUUGUCCGCAGACAGCUUCCGGGUCAUGUGGCCAGCAUGACAAAGCUGCUUUUGGCGAACCAGAGCAGCACACAGAAAUGCCGUUUACCUUCCCGCCGGAGCGGUCCCUAUUUAUCUACUUGCACUUUGAUGUGCUUUCGAACUGCUAGGUGGGCAGGAGCUGGGACCGAGCAACGAGAGCUCACCCCGUUGCAGGGAUUCGAACCGCCGACCUUCUGAUCAGCAAGCCCUAGACUCUGUGGUUUAACCCACAGCGCCACCUGGCACUUAAAACUAAUUCAGUCCCCCUUCCCCUGGACUCAGGGUCUCCCAGAUACUUCAGCGAGUUCCAUAAGUCGUUCCAGUUUCGGACCGUCUAAAUCAGGGGUCAUCAGGGGGCCGAUCCACUGUCCCUCAGACCUUGUGGGAUGCCGGACUAUAUUUUGAAAAUAAAUAUGAACAUGCCCCACAAAUAACCCAGAGAUUAAUUUUAAAUAAAAGCCCACAUUCUACUUAUGUAAAAACACCAGGCAGGCCCCACAAAUAACCCAGAGAUGCAUUUUAAAUAAAAGGACACAUUCUAUUCAUGUAAAAACAUGCUGAUUCCCGGACUGUCCGCGGGCCGGAUUUAGAAGGUGAUUGGGCCGCAUCUGGCCCCCGGGCCUUAGUUUGGAACCCCCUGGUCUAAAUCAAUCAAAAACGUACAUCCAUUAUUACCCCUCACCCCACUCCCACCCUGUCCCAGCCUGCCCCCCCAUUCUUCCUUGAUCAUCCCCUGCUGCCACCCCAAUUCUCUAAAUACUGUAGUACAAAACCAUCCAGUUAUAUUUCCACUUUCCAGCCCUAUCUUAAUUCCCCCCCCUUUAAGUUCUGGCCCCAGUAUUGAUCCUGCCCUCCCUCUCUCACUGGGAGGACGUUAUUCCAUGCUGGUUCUUCUUUGGAGACUCUUUGGAUCAGACAUAUGUUCUGCCCCCCCCCCACUGGGGGAACAAUAUUCCAUGCAUCUUCCUCUUCUUUAAAGUCAAUUACAUUGUCCAAGACUGAUGAUUGUUCUUCUUGCUUCUCUUCAUUCUCUAUUAAAAUGAAUCCUUUUUCACUGCCCACACAAUUCUGAUUCCUUUCACGCAUUUCACGCAACUGUAUAUUACUUUCACGCAACAAUAUAUUAUUUUGUCGCAAUUCAUUUCUCAAGUCCAACAGCAAUUCGAAAAGUUCCUUCUGAAAGUCCAGGCCAUCAGGUGAUGUUGUGGCUACAGACAUCCUGUUCAUCUCAGAUUUCAUGAGAACAGAACAGAGCAGGAAGUGAGGCAGAUCUUAUUUCCAAAAACAUCAGGGACCAAGUUUAUAUCUGAACUGGUUAUACUCUGAUUUUUAAUUCUUCUUCGUAUCUUAAAAAUCUUGUGACCAGCAGAUUGCUCAUCGCAAAGAAUUGGAAAAGUGACAAAAUAACAAAUAAGGAGGAGUGGAUUAUAAAAUUGACAACCUAUCAAAAUUUAACAAUAAAAGCGGGAAAGGUGAAAGGCUUGAAAGAAGAAAAAUUAGAAAAAGAUUGGAAAAUGUUUAAACAGGUGGAAAAAGCCAACCUCCUGGCAGAAAUAUAAAAGGCCCAAAGUUAAAGAUGGAAAAAAUAAGAAAAAGUAUGCAUAAUGACAGAGAUGUAUAUAAACCAGAGUAGAGGGAAGACUGGAAGUCACACGAGGUGAAGGGAGGUGAAGGGGGGUAGGGGGUGAGGUGGAGGUAGCUAUUUAUUAUUUGUAUUUUACUAUCUAUAUUUUUUAUGCUUGUUCUGUUCUUUAUCAGUUAUAUAUUUCUGUUAUGUUAAAUUUUUUUCAUGUUUUGUCAUUUGUUCUCAUAUAAGAUUAUUUUAUGA